AUUUAUAGUAGCUCAGGGUGUUUCUCCUGUGCCGGAGGAGCAAUCACCCCCUGCACCUACAUAGGGAAUUGAUAGGGAGGGCCCUUAUACUUGAAUCCCACCCGACAGUUGCCUCGAAUGCUACCGAGGUGGGUGGCAACAUGUCGAGACAGACAAGCAAGGCUAUGGCCAUUGAGGAUGGCAGCCCGUAGAGGCAAUGGGAGAGACACGCUCAAACACUGCUUCAACAACCCUAAACAGCUAACAAUAUUGUACGAUGAACCAUCCAAGACAAAUUGAAUGAGAAGGGCGUGUUCCCCCUUUCCGGUGUGACGUCAACGAAGAGUACCCAACUCGACGAUCAAAUCAUUCCCAUCCGACAAAAGAAUCGACACACAGAUCCUUCCUGAUCGAACGCUUUGACUUCCACUGGCGUGAUCUGUAGCAGGCACCAGAUUCUGCUACAAAGAACACUGACGGCGACUCACGACGACCUACGCCAAUCCCUAGGCAACUCCGGCGACUGGCGAUACAUCGAAUACUUUCGCACUCUUUUGUGGAUCCCAUCUGAGCAAUUUUAGCUCAAUCCAAGUUGAAUUCGCUGCGUAAUGUUGAACCGCGAGAAACAAAGCAUCCAAUGGCGGGGUAACUCAACCCCAAUUUCCAGUGAAAUUGGGCUUACCGAAACCUCUGAUGUCCCGUUUUAUUAUCCUCGAGUGAUUUGUUGUUAAUCUGAGCAAUUUUGAUUAAUUUCGGCAUUUUUGUUGAUUGUAAUUUUCAUCGAAGGAGUCAUCGGGGAAACAAGGAACUCGAGGGAGGCGUCAUCUAUUCGUAUCGUAGCGACCGACGGUGAGAAGUAGGCCGGCGGUCACCUUUACGACAUCUUUAGCCAUACUAGGGAGAUAUCCCAUGACGGACCUGUUGUUGUUCACUGACGAGGAAGUACCGCUAGGAACAGAGGAACCCGACGAUGAGUUUCUACCACUUAAACCCCAACUUCUUAUUGGAAUUGGGUCAAUUCAAUCAUUAUAACAUUCUCAAGUGAAUUGUAGAUACUCUGUGCCAUUGUGAGCAAUCCCUGCUUUUCUGUGAAUUUGUUGUUGAGGGAAACUGUUACAGGGCUACCUACGAGUUGGCUGAGAGCAGCCGACGGCACUGCCGAGACCAGGCCAAAUGACGGGAGCAGCCAGCGGGAGGGCCGGACGAGCGUCGGCCAUGAGCGCCGAAGAGGGCCGAGAGCGGCCGAAGGUGGCGCGGGCCAGCACACCAUCGAGAGGCUGCCGAGAGAUGAGGGCGCCGAGCGCCCACGCCGAGCGGGGAAGGCACCCGCGGCCACUGACCCUUCUGUUAUUUGUUGUGAGGCUAACAUGACUUGCAGGAAGAUGAGCAUAGACGCAAGGAAGGCUCACCGAGAGGACGCCGCGGUGGUGGUCGAGGGCGACGCACGGCCGAGGGAGGUUGAAGACCCCGCGCCCUCAGAUAGCGCCCACGGGCUAGUGCAUGGAGAGGCUGGCCGGAGUGACACCACGGCUACCAGUGCCGUAGACGAUGCCGAGGGCAAGGGCGCAGCCGAGGAGCAAGCGGGCGAGGGCACUAUGCAGCCAAGGGAGGUUGACGGGAUGACAGCCCCGCACUCCACCGGUGCAUUUACUACGAGCAAGGCUAGCCCGUUGACUGGAGGACUUCAUGCCAUAGAGCUUGGACAAGGUGAGGCCACUCUGCCCACCCAGGCCAAGCCAGACGUACUCGAGCGGAGUGGGCUGGACCUAGCACGCGAGGCUCAGCUUGCUGGACACACCAUGGAGACAGGGUGUUCUGGACAGGGACUGUCGGAAUCCAGACGGUCAAACGGAGGACGCACAGACUGGACAGGGACAGGAGUCGUUCAGACGUUCAGAACGGAGACAGGGCCGACAGAUAGGACGGACAGCCACAGGACAGGCACAGAGGAUGUUCUGGCGUCCAGAAUAGAGACAGUCCAGGAAACUGAGACGGGCAGAGAUGAAGGCCGUCUAGACCGAGUCUAGACGAAGUGGGUUAGGACCCAGGCGAGGCAUCGAGGCAGCACCUUGGAGCGGAAGGAAGACCCGAGUCGGAGUCUUUUUGGUAGGCCGUCUCGGCCGUACCGUUUCUCUUGUAUAUACUUUGUUUAUGUUUCAGUUUUGUUCUUGUACCGAGACGGUUCAGGGGCGUCCCGAGUCACUUUGGCUUUAUAAGCUAAGUGAUGGACUUUUACCCUAAGUUUUGAUGAAAUAGAAGUUUUCUUCCUCUCUCGCACGAGAGCUUGUCACCAUGGCGGCUGAGAAGCUUGCCCCCUUCAAUGCCUGCACCUCCCUUCCUCUCUGAGAAGCCAUUGGCCGGAGAAGACGCCGGAGUGCGGUCGGAAAGUCGAGCAACCAGAGGGCUGGUGCCGGAGGCCAG